AUGGGACGGGACGGGAUGGAGCCGCCCCACCUGCGUCAGCUCAGGAGCGGAGGUGCCGGGGCGCCCAGCCGGCACGAAAAGAGCCUGGGGCUGCUCACCACCAAGUUCGUGUCGCUGUUGCAGGAGGCCAAGGACGGCGUGCUGGACCUGAAGCUGGCUGCAGACACCUUGGCUGUGCGACAGAAACGACGAAUCUAUGAUAUCACAAAUGUCCUAGAAGGGAUUGGGCUGAUUGAGAAGAAAUCGAAGAACAGUAUCCAGUGGAAAGGGGUGGGUCCUGGCUGCAACACACGUGAGAUUGCUCACAAACUCAUUGAGCUGAAGGCAGACAUAGAGGACCUGGAGCAGCAGGAACAGGAGCUGGAGAAGCAGAAGAUGUGGGUUCAGCAGAGCAUCAAAAAUGUCACAGAAGACGUGCAGAACAACUGGCUAGCUUAUGUGACACAUGAAGAUAUCUGCAAGUGCUUCACAGGAGACACCCUCCUUGCAAUUCGAGCCCCAUCAGGCACACGCCUAGAGGUUCCCAUCCCUGAGGGCCCGAGUAGGCAGAAGAAAUACCAGAUCCAUUUGAAGAGCACCAGUGGUCCAAUUGAUGUUCUCUUAGUAAACAAGGAUGCUUGGAGCUCUCCUCCAGUAGUGCUACCCGUCCCACCCCCUGAAGACCUCAUCCAGUGCCAGGCAGUAGCACCCUCAAAACCACAGAUCCCACCGCUCGCCCACUUCCAAGAGGCAUCUGUUCCCAGCAGCACCCAGCCCUCAACGCCAACACCUUCCAGCACUCAGGAUCACAGCCCUCCUGAGCAGAAAGACACGAGCACAGAAUGCAGCAUCUCAGUGGUGGAGUCCAAGAGCAGCAGUGACCUCGACCCCCUCAGCAAUGUAUCUGUACCCAGCGGCCAGACAGCCAGGCUGGACACACAGCUGCUGCAGUCCUCUGCCUCGCUGGACAGCAGCUCUGUCCUACCCAGCCCCUCUGCCUCCUUUGAGCCAAUCAAACCUGAUCCUGCAGGAAUGCUGGAGCUUCCCAAAGAGCUGUCAGAGAUGUUUGAUCCAACGAGAGAAUGUAUGAACUCUGAGCUGCUGGAGGAGCUGAUGUCAUCUGAAGUGUUUGCUCCCUUGCUCCGCCUCUCCCCCCCUCCUGGAGAUCAUGACUACAUCUACAACCUGGAUGAGAGCGAAGGCGUCUGUGACCUCUUCGAUGUGCCUGUCCUUAACCUCUGACUUCUCAGCGUGGCUGUGAGCCUCGCACACACAGACCCUUUUGUAACUCUUUGGAAAGUGUCUAUUUUUGGAUUCCUUUUGUGCUAGAGCUCGACAAGUGAGCGAAUCAGAGAUACUCUCAUAUGAACUCAGAACCAAGAGAUGUGGACUCGGAGGCCGGGAGCCUCCCCGUCACUUCUUUCUCCUCCUGUCUUGCACGUGCAAGGACUGACCUCGCCUCGCUGCAUCUCUCUCUUCACUGGAUUCUGGGCAUCGCUUCAGAGGGUCUGUGAUUUGUUGAGUUUGCCCAGGUGCCUCUCCAAGCUUCCUCAAAUCUGCAUGCCUUGGUUUUCCUGCACUCCUAGAGGCACUUUGCACCUCCUAGGUACCAGCUGCUACACGGAGCCCUGAUAGCACGAUCGGUUCACAAGCCCGGAGGUAGUUAGUUUCAGUGUGGGUGGUUAUAUCCUAGAAUGACAUCAACAAAAAGCAAACCAACGGCACCAAAAGGUCCAUUUGUUCCAGUGACUCCAAUCCAAGCUAGUAUGUUUUACAAGACAAAGCACUUUUCUCUGUUGGCUGCCCCUCCCAGUAGGACCCGGGAGCUGAGCUGAGAGUUUCUCAGCAGGAAUGCCAGUUCUCCCAUGGUGUUUGCUCACCUGAUGCACAGCCCAACAGCUGUGCUGUUCCUACAGGGCUGAAGAAGGGUGCCAGUAUUAAUGUUUUCUUCUUAUGAGUUGCUUGAAAGGUUAAGACUGAUCCAGCUGGUGCCUUUAAGGUAUUCCAAGUACAUCAGACGCCGCUCAUAUUAGCAUCUAGCUAUUCUCCAGCAUUGCACUUGAGCCUUCAACUGUUGUAAAGGCGACCAAGCAGGAAUGAUUCAGUAGUACUUUGCCACGACGAGUUUCACAGGUGUUGUCAAAAUAGUGUUUUGUCCCCUCUCUGUUUUUUCCUCCUUAGCAUGUGCUCAGGGUCGGCCUUCCUAUGGAUAUGAAUUUGCUCUGGUGUUCAUACUGUGCUCCUUGAGCCUGUAGGCAGGUUGCUGCACAGCACAAUGCCUUUCUGUAUCUUUUUUUGUCAUGAGAUUGCUCUUCAAUGGAAGGUCUGUUGAGGUGGCUUUGGAGUGUUUUAUUUUUCUUUCUUUCUUUUUGACGAGCAGCCAUGGAGCCCUGUGCAUUUCUUUCUUUCUUUCUUUUUUCUGUUGUUGGAGUAAAAAGCCCUCCUGGAUUCCUUGUACUUUGCAAACCCCAACGUUGCUUUUGGGUCAGAUUCGACUGUUUUGCACAUCUUCCUGCCAACCCAGCAGUCGCAGCCGUCCCAAAGAGCCUUUCCUGCUCUGCAAACUGCCAUAGGGGGACGGCCAGCUUCUCACAGCCAGCACCAGCAGUGAUGGGAUACGAACGGGACACACUCAAUGCUUGGCACCUGCAGAGGUGAGGCUGUAUGCUUGAGUCCUUUCUUUCCAAAGCAUCUCCUGGUGUUGUUUUAUUCUUUGUGGGACUCCUCCAGCAGACCUGCUCCUUUCUGCGCCGUGGGAUGCAGCAGCACCCCGUAGGAAAAGCGCAAUGAAUUCAAUAGGAAUGGACAACCUGGAACCCUUUCUAGCUGAUGGCAGUGGGCAGCACAGUGGGUGAGAUGGGGGCGUGUGGGUGCUGAGCUUGGAGCCCAGUGCUGUCCAGCAGCCUUCCUUCCCUUUGUCGCUCCCAACCUUUGCUCCCUCCACGUGUUAACGUUUGCCACUGCUUUGGAGAAAAAA